AUGCCUUGUAUUAACCCAUGGGUAAUUAUGUUAUACCGCUGGUUUGAAGAAAAAGCAAAUCCCACCUGUAUCGGUUGCCCUGGUCAAAGUAUAGAUGAGUAUAUGCCAGCUUACCAAGACUACUUUCCUUUUGAAAAGCAGUUUGGUCUAGUAGAUGCUAUCGUAAAAACUGUAAAAGUGACUGGCAUUACGCUCAGGAAAAAAAACAAAAAUCGAGUCACCUAUGCCGUUCCAUGUGUCACUCGUUACAUAGAAGCUACUGACAUUAUAACAAGGCCACAUUUCGCACGUACUACCAAGCAGAAAAUAACUAAUGGCCCUAGCGCGCCUAUCGAAAUACCCGUAAAAUCAUCCUACCAACAAUUGCAAGCAAGCUGUGCUGAGACGACUCAAAAAUAUUAUAGACCAUAUACCAUUGUUGGAGAAGGACGAGGACUACUUUCCAUGCUAGAUCUAGAGUCAAUUAAAGCACUAUCCAAGCAACCUCUUGCAUCCAAAGCAUCACGCAAAGAUCUCGAUGCAUCCCGUUACCCAGCCAAUGGAGCUUUGGACAAACAAUUGAAAAUUAAAAAGCAUCAAAAGAAAAUUGACAUGCUGACUGCACCAAGCAUUUCUGAAUAUCAAGAUGCGACACAAUUCUCGGUACCAAUCAAGACAAAUAGCUGCUAUUUUUCAGAUUCCGACCUUGAAAAAUCCAACAGUCUACAAGACACAGUCAGAGCUCAUUCCCGUAUUUCUUCGAGUUCAGCCACAUUUUUUGAUAGUGUCCAAAAACCAAUUGUCUUCAAUAUCAAGACAUUCACUCAAGAACGACCAAUAAGUGCAAGAAUAGUGGAAUAUGGUUCUAUCUUAGAGCAUCUGGAUUUUAUGGAGAAACAGAACAGUACUGUUUUUCCAAAAAGUCUAUUCAAUGGAUUUUGCGUGUUGUGCCGAAAUUCUAAACAGCUUAAUAAAAUGCAGGACAUCGACAAUUACCAUGACAAACUCAAUGUUACCGCCUCUAUUUUAGCUGCUGUAUCUAUUCGUCUAAAACACGAAUUGAUACAUACUGCAAAUAGAAUUGCUUUUGCAUCCGAUAUAUUCGACAUUUCUCCAACCACCAAGUUGGCUCUAUUCACAAUGAAGAGUUACUCAGUCUAUCAACUGAUUAUACCUUUACGAAUACUCCGAAAACUAACCCUUGAAAAACUGUCGUUUUUAAUGAACUACCCAAACAUAAAGAAACUCGAAAUCUCUAGCCAUAACUUUUUCAAGGAUAAGUUUGAGCCGAUUCGACAGGAUUCAGACCAUGCACGUAUGCUUUUUAUACCAAUAUCUACAACUGGUAUCAUUUUCAACCAGAGUGACACGGUUGUCGUUGGCACACCACUUGAUAGGUCGAACAGAAUGUAUCGACAGGGUAAAACAUGUACAUUCAAUCCUCGGUCGGGCCAAAAUACCACGCAGAGGUUGGAUAAUCCAAACGCUGACAUCUCGCUUUUAUUCAAGCCAACGGCCAUACUUUCUAAAGAUUUCCAGUAUCCUACUCCAGUGAAUUCGUAUGCUACAUCGCCGAUUAGUUCUGUCAUUCACAACUAUGCAGCAGACAUACAGCAAAAAACCCACAUUCCAGUGGAGCCACCUUUGACAACCAACCUGACAGUCUCUAAUAGAAAAGAUGACAUUUCUACUCCGUAUAGUCCUCAUCAAUCUCGUAUCGCGUAUAAAAAAGGAAAGCAAGUCGCGCAAUUGCCAAACUACUUAUCCAUCUCGACUGGCAAUCCAAAAAACAGCCCCGUAGUGGCAACUGUGUUUGGGCUGAUGCAAGUAUCCAGGUUGAUGAAGACCGCCAAUCUAGGAAAACUAACGGCACACAUGAAUGGGUUUUGUGAAAUUAACAUCUUUUCCAAUACUGGAUGCUCUAGCAAGUAUACUUUUAACAUGACUACAAUCAUUAGGAUCACAAAUUAUUCAAAAGAAACCCUACAAUUUCAAACGCCAGCUGUUGCAGAACAGGUUGGAACAAGAUCAGACGGACUCGGUCAAAAACUAGCAGUUGUAUUUUGUGAUGGCGAUGAUCAAACAGAGCUUUUCAUUUAUGCAGAGCCAAAAGAAGAUUUGGCUGAUGUAGAAAAAUUUUGCUAUCAAAUACAGUUUAAAUGA